AUGGGGUAUAAUUCUUCAGUUCGUGUAACAGAGAGACCUAAAGCUUUUCUGACUGUUCAGCCUGAACCAUCACAGAUAUCAGGAGGAGAAUCUGUCACUCUUAAAUGUGACAUACAGGGUGAAGACUGGACAUACUCAUUCAUCUGUGGAGGUAUAGAGCACAAGCCUGAAAGGAAAGAGUUCAAGAUCACUGUAGAUUCCAUGCAGACAUGCAAGUGUUUAGGCUGGAGGCGAUCAGGUUCUUCUGAAUGGAGUGAUGAAGUGACUCUGACUGUGUCGGGUAUUAAAGACAAACCGAAAAUAAGAAUAAAGCCACAGAAUUCAGUGUUCACUGGCGACACAGUUACUCUCAGCUGUGAUGCUGGACGAACAACUGAACAGAGGAUUUUAUAUUACAAAGACUCUACCAUAAUAGGAGCUGACAAUGAUACUAAAACACUGACAGAUGUGAAGAUUUCUGAUGGAGGAAACUUCAAGUGUGCUGUAAUAGCAGCAAAUACUGCCUCAACACAAGGUCCAGAAGUCCAGUUAAUAGUCACAGAGAGACCCAAAGCUUUAUUGCGUGUUCAGCCUAAUGGAGGUGUUUUCAAAGGACAGACGGUCACUUUCACAUGUCACAUACCGGAUUCAGACGUCACUCGCUGGAGCUACAGCUGGAAUAAAGACGAUUCAGUGAUUCAGGACAGAGAAUCUCAGGAAUACAAAAUCAGCUCUGUUGAUGAAACUCACGCAGGUCUUUACGGCUGCAGAGGAAGGGAAACUGGAGGAUCACGACACACACACACCAGCGAUCAACACACACUGACUGUAUCAGGUGAGAGCGUUCAUCUUCAAACAACACUCAACCUCACAAUUCACAACCAUUUUCAACUAAGUCAAGAAUAA